AUGGAUGUGAGCCAUAAGAUCCGGAAGACAUGUACGCCCGUUGGACCUACUCUCGCCAGGGGUAUGUGGCUGAGAAGCAGAAGACCAUUUAAACUCGUUGGCGAAAAGACUUGGGUGCGCGUGGAGAUUGAACGUGGCCGGCCUGAGGCCCUCAUCCCCGCCUACUACGGAGGCGUGAUCGCCAGGGCCAGGACCCAUUCAAAAAACACCAUAUUGGCAGCUGAUCGGCGAAAGUAUUUGGAAGGCCAAAACAUCAUAUUUCGCACGGAUUCGGCCCGGAGCUACAAGACCCGGCUUAGCAAGGUGGUGUGCGACAACUUCGUGCGCUGCAACAAAAGGGUCAAAGUCAGCGGGAAGUGGAAGGGGCAGAUGCCGAACUACGUAAAGGUCACGACUCGCACGUUGCCUGGCGGCAACAAGAAGGUGCCUUGCAGAGUUCUUUUUAGAUGUGCCCAGCCUGCUCACUUAUAG